AUGAAGUUCUUCAUAGAUGAUCUGCCUGUUCUUUUUCCAUAUCCUCGAAUAUAUCCCGAACAAUAUGCCUACAUGUGCGACCUCAAGCGAACGCUUGACGCCGGGGGUCACUGCGUCCUUGAAAUGCCGUCUGGAACAGGCAAGACGGUUUCUCUCUUAUCCCUCAUUGUGGCAUAUCAGCAACAUUACCCGGAACAUCGCAAACUCAUCUACUGCUCGCGUACAAUGUCGGAAAUUGAAAAGGCAUUGGCGGAGUUGAAAGCGCUCAUGAAGUAUCGCUCCGAUCAGCUUGGAUACGUGGAAGAUUUCAGAGGACUCGGGCUUACCAGUCGGAAAAACCUCUGUCUACACCCGUCGGUCAAACGAGAGAAGAGUGGUGCCGUGGUCGAUGCAAGGUGUCGCAGCUUGACUGCGGGAUUUGUGAAGGAGAAAAAGGAGCGAGGAGAAGAUGUGGAGGUCUGUGUCUACCAUGACAACCUGGAUCUUCUGGAGCCUCACAAUCUGGUCCCACCCGGCGUCUUCACUCUCGACGGCUUGAUCAGGUAUGGGGAAGAGCAUAAACAGUGCCCCUACUUUUCUGCUCGAAGGAUGAUGCCCUUUUGUAACGUCAUCAUCUACUCUUACCAUUACCUCUUGGAUCCGAAAAUCGCGGAGCGAGUAUCCAAGGAACUGUCGAAAGACUGCAUUGUCGUGUUUGACGAGGCACACAACAUCGACAAUGUCUGUAUCGAGUCCUUGUCGAUCGACUUGACGGAAGACUCUUUGCGAAAGGCGACCAGAGGUGCAAACAACCUCGAGCGGAAAAUUGAGGAGAUGAAAGCGUCGGAUGAGGAGAAAUUGCAAAAUGAAUAUCAAAAACUCGUCGAAGGGCUGAGGGAGGCGGACGAAGCUCGAGCAGAAGAUGCGUUCAUGUCCAAUCCUACCUUGCCCGAUGACCUGCUGAAGGAGGCCGUACCGGGCAACAUUCGUCGCGCCGAGCACUUCGUGGCCUUUCUCAAACGCUUCAUCGAAUACCUGAAAACACGUAUGAAAGUUCUAUACGUCAUCCAAGAGACUCCUCCCUCGUUUCUUUCGCAUCUAAAGGAGCUAACCUUCAUCGAACGCAAACCUCUUCGCUUUUGCGCCGAACGAUUGACGUCGCUCGUUCGUACGCUGGAAUUGACCAACAUCGAAGAUUACCAACCACUGCAGGAGGUCGCUACCUUUGCCACUCUGGUUGCGACAUAUGAGACUGGCUUCUUGUUGAUCCUGGAGCCUUUUGAGACCGAACAAGCCACAGUGCCAAAUCCCAUCCUCCAUUUCGCGUGCCUGGACGCUUCUAUUGCUAUCAAACCCGUCUUUGAACGAUUUUCCUCCGUCAUCAUCACCUCAGGCACUAUAUCUCCUCUAGAGAUGUAUCCAAAAAUGCUGAAUUUCAGCACCGUUCUGCAAGAAUCUUAUCCCAUGUCUCUAGCACGGCGGUCGUUCUUGCCGAUGAUUGUUACACGUGGCUCAGAUCAACAGUCGAUCACUUCCGGCUUCCAGUCUCGAUCUGACCCAGGAGUGGUCCGAAAUUAUGGAGCGCUACUUUUCGAGUUCGCGAAGAUCACUCCCGAUGGUAUUGUCGUCUUCUUUCCUUCUUAUCUCUACAUGGAGAUGAUCAUCAGUAUGUGGCAGGGAAUGGGCAUUCUCGAUCAGAUUUGGACCUACAAACUGAUUUUGGUCGAGACCCCGGAUGCUCAGGAGACAAGUCUUGCACUGGAGACAUACCGAACCGCAUGCGAGAACGGUAAAGGUGCCAUUCUUCUCUGCGUCGCCCGUGGCAAAGUUUCCGAAGGCAUUGAUUUCGAUCAUCACUUUGGCCGGACUGUCUUGUGCAUGGGUGCACCUUUUCAAUAUACAGAAUCCCGAAUCCUGAAAGCCCGGUUGGAAUUUCUUCGCGAGAACUACAGGAUCAAAGAGCAGGAUUUUCUUUCUUUCGAUGCUAUGAGGCAUGCAGCCCAAUGUCUGGGCCGUGUGUUGAGAGGAAAGGACGACUACGGAAUCAUGGUCUUGGCCGACCGUCGCUUUCAGAAGAAACGCAACCAGCUCCCUCGAUGGAUUGCCGAAGAGAUUCAUGACGGUCAAACCGGCUUGAGCACCGACGCGGCUGUUGGUAUGGCAAAGAAAUUCCUAAGGAGCAUCGCACAACCGCUCGGAACCGGGCAAAAAGCGCCCGACGGCUCCACAAAGGGAAAGGAUAGCUGGGAUCUGAAGGAGCUAGAACAAUUUCAGCGCGAACAAAAAGCCAGACGAGGUGAAGGUGAUUUUGGGAGGCACGACGCAUACUCUCAUGACUAUCUCAACAGUGCCGUGAACACAACAACACAAGUCCAGAAUGGUACAAACGGCCACUCGAAUAUUGAAGACGAAUUCGACGAGGGCAUUGCUGAUGAGGAGCUUCUCAUCGCAGAAAGGAUGCAGAUUGAAAUAGUGGGUUGA